AUGCAAUUCUCCGUCGCACUCAUUGCUUCCUUCGUCGCCCUGGCCAUUGCCGCACCGAUUGAAGCCCCCCUCGCAAAGCGUGUCGGCAUCUUGAGCACCAAAACAUACGACGAAAUCUCCAUCUCAGGCGGAACAGCCGGCGACGCCCAGGCCGAAGCCAUCGCCGCCCUGACCAACAACGGCGCGAUCGACAUCAACGACCUCUCCAACGUAGACGCGGCCGACAUCGCGUUCUGGGGAUCCGUCAACAACAUCGGCAACGACGCCGAGAAGGGCGCUUUCAACCCGGCCAUCGAGGCCGCGACGGGCGACGAGAAGAGGGCCCUCACCAACGGCAAGAUCAAGAACAAGGUUCUGAAGCUCGAGGCUACCAUCCUUGAGCUCGGAGCCCAGGCUGCGCAGGGCGAGGAUACUGCUGCCAAGAUGGCGGCUGAGCAGAAGAAGCUGGAUAAAAAUAUUGCCUUGGAUAAGAAGGCUGCCGGUCAACCGUCGACUGCUCUGACUUUUGAUGCCUCUACUGAUUAG